CUCCUCUUCUAGGAAGUUGAAAAGCUGUGUCGACCAUCAAAAGCCAGCCACCAUGAAGCUCAUCUUUUGCUUGCUGCUGCUCUUCUCCUGCGGCACUUUCUUCGGUCAUGCGAUCAUCAAAGAGCCUUUGCCAGACCCAAGCGAGGUUCUUCCUUGGCAAAUGAGCAAGGAAGCAUGUAUAGACUAUCUUACAGGCACCGAGAGAAGCCUUGCCGAAGUGAGGAUGGUGCUAAAGGCACUCUUCAGGGCACCUCAUAGCAAGGAUGCCUCAAAUGCGAAGGCGAGUCACAAGAGUCAAAUGUACGAGCCAAACAUCCAAAACGGCCUCUCUCAGAUCGAGUACCUUGUCGUGAGAAGCGAGAAGCAGAUCAGGUGGUGCAAAAAGUGGCUGAUGGGCGUGGAAGAGGAGGCUCUGAAUGACACGUCUGUCUCUCUGCCUCUCGACCAGCACUCUGCAAGUGUGACAAAGCAGAUACACAAGAACAAGGAUCGCUUACCGCACCAUGCUGAAGCCACAUCGUCGUCGCCAAGAUUUGUUCACCACUCUUCGGGUCCAGACUCCCGGGACGGCAUCCUACACCGCCGGUCUUCGCCGCCGCGGAUGCCGCCGCGGACGCCACCUCAAUCACCUGCUUCGAAACGCAGAAAGAUGUCUCAAUCCUGCUCCACAGCCUCUCACAGCCUGUUGGAAGAGGGCGAGAUCAGUCCUGAUACUUUGAGAAGUUGCCAGGAAUCGCGGACUGAACAAGAAGAUCGCGAAACUCGAAAGAGCGCAUAUGAUGAACAUGGCCAGGAAGAAUGACUGGAACGAGACGUAUGAAGUUCGAAAGGAGGCCGAAGGUCUGGCAAAGGAACAAGCGUUACUCAUCAGGGAUGCCGGAAGAGAGCUCAAAGAUCUGAUCGAACUCUUGGAGAAGACGCAUAUUGGGUCCACGUCUGGCAGCUCCUCAUGAGUAGAUAGACGAGGC